GUCCAGAGAGACUCCACGUGAAGGCACAUAAACAUAACGUGAACCGGCUGAUCGGCCUCGUGAGUAAAGUUUUUGGUGGUGUUUAGUUCCGCAGCAGUGUGACACCGAGUCUCCGCGGAGAGAGAAGCCGGCAGCAUGCUGUAUCUGAUCGGCCUGGGGCUCGGAGACGCGGCCGACAUCACGGUGAAGGGUCUGCAGGCCGUGAAGCGCUGCAGCCGGGUCUACCUGGAGGCCUACACCUCGGUCCUCACGGUGGGGAAGGAGGCUCUGGAGGAGUAUUAUGGGAUGGAGCUGAUCCUGGCUGACAGAGACCUGGUGGAGCAGGGGGCAGACCAGAUCCUGAAGGACGCAGACACCACCGAUGUUGGGUUCCUCGUGGUCGGAGACCCGUUCGGAGCCACCACGCACAGCGACCUGGUGCUGAGAGCAGUGCAUGCUGGGAUACCGUACAAGGUCAUCCACAACGCCUCCAUCAUGAACGCCGUGGGCUGCUGCGGCCUGCAGCUGUAUAACUUUGGGGAGACGGUGUCCUUGGUGUUCUGGACCGAGACCUGGAGACCAGAGAGCUUCUACGACAAAAUCUGUAAAAACAGAACAGCUGGACUACACACACUGUGUCUGCUGGAUAUUAAAGUGAAAGAGCAGAGCAUCGAGAACAUGAUGAGAGGGAAGAAGAUCUUCGAGCCGCCUCGCUUCAUGACGGUCAGUCAGGCUGCAGAUCAGCUGAUCCAGAUCAUCCAGAGGAGGAGGGGGGAGGGGGAGGAGCUGGGCGUGACGGAGGACACUGUGUGUGUGGGCGUGGCCCGGCUCGGCGCCGACGACCAGACAAUCCGCGCGGCGACGUUGCGUCAGCUGGCGUCAUGUGACCUCGGCGGCCCGCUCCAUUCGCUGGUCGUCACCGGUAAACUCCACCCGCUGGAGGUGGACAUGCUGCGAGUGAACGCAGAACCAAACGCACUGCAGCACCUUCACAUGAUUGACAGCUCCACCUACUGCUCCUAACACACCUCCACCUACUGUUCCUCCACCUACUGCUCCUAACACACCUCCACCUACUGCUCCUCCACCUACUGCUCCUAACACACCUCCACCUACUGCUCCUCCACCUACUGCUCCUAACACACACCUCCACCUACUGCUCCUCCACCUACUGCUCCUAACUCACACCUCCACCUACUGCUCCUAACACGUCCACCUACUGCUCCUCCACCUACUGCUUCUAACUCACACCUCCACCUACUGCACCUACUGCUCCUAACACACACCUCCACCUACUGCUCCUAACUCACACCUCCACCUACUGCUCCUCCACCUACUGCUAACACACCUGAUGGACAGCUCCACCUACUGCUCCU